UUUGCAUCUUAUCUUCAAAUAUACGUGCGAAAGAGCAAUCACUGGUUGAACGGCAUAAAAUUCUUAUUCGAAACCCAACAAUGGUUUUCCCUUGCCACAUGAGCUCUGCACGUGUGUUCUUUUUCAUAUGUCGAGUUUCUUCUUUUGAUAGUAUUCGAUAUGGGACUGUAUUGUCAAUAAUCGACUGAGCGCGUGAUUUUUCGUAACACGGUCUGCGGAAUCUACAGGAAUGGCAAAACACAAGAAAAAGGUUUUACCUGACCGGGUGAACCAGACUAAGCCGAAAAAAGAUGUAAAAAAGAAUCCAUUUGAAGUAAAGCUUAAUCGACAAAAACACCAGGUGAUCAAUCGGAAAUUCAAAUGUGAGCGCGGCUUGCCUGGUGUAGCUCGGGACCGCGCGAUUUUAAAACGCAAGGAGACCCUGCUUAAAGAAUAUGUUCACCGCAACAAAGACAAUGUUUUAUUGGAUAGGAGAAUCGGCGAAGGAGAUGCUAAUCUUGAUCCUGACGAAAAGAUUGCCCGGCGGAUUGCUCGAGAGAGCACCCGUAAAAAUAAGCGGAAUCUUUUUAAUCUGAAUGACGAUGAGGUCCUUACCCAUUUAGGCCAGUCAAUUGAGGACGUCAACGCAGCAGAUGACCCAAGAUCGGAUGACGAAGAUAUUUAUGAUAAAUUGGAUGCGGCCUUUGUGGGCAAAGCGCAUUUCGGAGGAUUCCUCACGAAAGCAGAGGGAACAGAGGAAAGUCGAAGGCGCGCUAUCGGCGAACUUAUUGCAGAGACCAAACGGUUGAAGCACGAACGUCAAAUCGAAGUCGAUGAAAAUGUGAAAUUGACGGAGGCGCUUGACUUAAAAUGGAAGAAUGUGUCUUCGCUGCUUGCAAGCGUACGUUCGGGUGCAUCAGCGAAGAGCCAGGCAAGUUCUGAUAAGCGUGUUGCUAACAAAGACGCUUCAGAUGUAUUCGAUAUGCUUGUAAGCGAGUUACAAUAUGCGCCACGUGCUGGAAUAGCUACUGAUCGCACCAAAAACCCUGAAGAAGUUGCUAAAGAGGAAAGAGAACGCCUGGAAGAGCUCGAACGUCGACGUCUGGCUCGCGCUCGUGGCGAAGACGACUCCAACGGUUCAAAGCGAGCAGCUGCAAAGCACCGCAGUGCAGAUGACCUCGACGAUGGAUUUGCGAUAGAAGAUAAUAAUGAUGAUGGAGAUCCGAAUGGCGAGGCUGGUACUGAUGAUGACAAUGGCUGCGAAAAUGCCGGGUCAGAUGCUGAUGAAAUAGUUAAAAAUAGUGAGGAUGAAGAAAAGCCACGUGAUGAAGAUGGUAGUGAAAGCGAUACUGCGCCAGAAGAUAAAGACGGUGAGGAAGAUAACGGUGAAGAAGAACAGGACGAAGAUAGCUACGAUGAUUUAAAGAGUGAUUCGGAGGACGAGAUAACAAGUAAUGCACAGGCUACGACUCAAGGAGAUACAAGCGUUAGAAUUCCAAGAAAGGCGACAACUGCAGCAAUUUCGUUAGAAGCGCUGACAAACGACAUUCCGUAUUUGAUCGCCGUGCCAGAAAAUAUGGAUGUUUUUGAUACGGUUAUUCAAAAUCGAACCUACACGGAAGAGUUAAUCAUCGUCGAGAGAAUCAUAACCGGAAACGCACCCUCACUGCAUGAGGGAAACAAGCGUCGUCUUGAAGGCUUUCUCAGAUUGUUAAUAGAUCGAAUCUUUGUUGUUCUUGAUGAGGCACCGAUUGGCGAUGGAGGAGUUUUACCACCGGGCGUGCUACAGCUAGUAAACGGACUUGUUGUACACAUUUAUCGGUUAACAGAAAUGUCUCCAGUGGCGUCUGCUCGAAGUUUUAUUGAAAUUGUUAGAAAUAUUUAUCGGGGUGAACGUUCAAAGGGACCGAAAAAGGAUAGUAGUUUUCCUGGUCUUGAACGACUAAUUAUGUUCAAGCUAAUCAGCAUAUGCUUCUCAGCGUCUGACCAGAAGCAUGCCGUAGCUACGCCAGCAUUGCUGUGCAUGGCCCAUCUAUUAACUACUUGCAGAGUGAAUGAUGGAAGAAAUAUGUUACGUGGCAUUUUUCUGGCCCAACUGAUGCUUGAGUACGUCGCUUUUGGAGAAAAAUACGUCCCUGAGGUAAUAUCAUUUAUCUUGCGACUGCUCAACGAAUCACAGCGUUUAACACUCUCCGGUGUCGUUCGUGAACAAGAUCUACGGCUCCGCCUCUCGGAUCUAUAUUGCUCACGAGAUCUGGAACUGCCUCGGACAGUGAGGUGCAAGAUUAUGUUCGGUCUGCUCAAUUUGAUUAACGUUGCUGCAGACGUUUUUUCCAAAGUGCCUUCCUUUGCAGAGGUAUUCAGUACGAUUCACCAGAGGCUUGGCAAAUUGGAGAGUAGCUACUAUCCGGAGUCGCUCAAGAGCUUGCUUACAACCGUGAUUACGAAACUGUCCCGUGAUCGCCCUCGAGGGCCGCUUUGUCGCAAGAGAAGCCGACCGCAGAUGCUCAAAAUGUAUGAGCCGUUAAUUGAAGAAAAAGUGGACUUGUUGCGUAAAGUGCACAAUAAUUCUAAAGGUGCUAAGGUAGAAACAAAGAAGCUUCAGGCCAAAUACAAGAAAGAGUUAAAGAGUGCUAUGCGAGAAGUACGGAGAGAUAAUCAGUUUAUUGCGCAUCAUAAACUGAAGGAACAGUUGCGUCUCGACCAUGACCGCAAGAUGAAAGUAAAGAGAUUGUUCGGCGAACUGGCAACCCAACAAGGCGAGCUGAAUUCACUACAGAAAUUAAAGGGCAAAAAGAAGUAGAAUGUGCGAAAAUUGAAACAAUGUCCAUACGAUGUUAGCAGCGUGAAUAGUAAAAGCAUGUAUUUAUAUAUGACAAUUAUUUAAUACAGUAGUUCUGGAAUGGAACUCACUCGAAGACAGGACUGUAUAAAAUAGCUAAGCGACAGCAAGAAGAUUGACGCUAACCUUCAGCGCCUUGUUAUCUGAAACAUCCUCGUCCAGCGGUACUUUAAUAAACGUAUUACUGCUGAUAUGGGAAUAAAAAUGUGUUGUUUGCUUGGUACCAGCGCGGUGGCUUGAACAACAAAAUCUUUUAGUUGGAAAAGACAAGUACUUCUGGUCCAAGCCCCCAUCGACACAUAUUACCGUAUAGUAUGUGUGACUCAACAAAAUACGUUUUCAACCACAUUUUUCUUCUACGAAAGAGAGUGAAAUAAAUAAUAAAUAAAAUAAAAAGAGUGGCCUUUGGGAGCGUCUCU